CUGCGCAUGCGCACCGGACGUAAACAAACCAGCAUGGCACGGUGAAGAUGGGAGCGAUCUGACAGCAGAAGAAUGUAUCGGUUAUAUGUAUUUAUUUAGUGUAAUUUUGAUCAGAUAUAUGAUAUAUUUUGUUUGUGAUGACGGAGGAACAUAAUGGAGUCUGUGAAGAAACGACUGGCUGAGUUUUCUCUGGAGGCUCACGAUCUGUACCUGAACCGAUCAGUGCCGUACCUGGAGGAGCCGCCCGACCCGCUGCACUUCUACCGCGACUGGAUUGCUCCAAACAAGCCGUGCAUCAUCCGCAACGCCUUCAGCCAUUGGCCGGCUCUGUCCAGGUGGACGCCAGACUACCUGAGGGAGAAGGUGGGGUCGAAGGUCAUCAGCGUGGCGGUGACUCCAAACGGUUACGCUGAUGCCGUUAACGGUGACCGCUUCGUGAUGCCGGAGGAGAGACGCAUGAGCUUCUCUUCUGUUCUGGACAUCAUCGAGGGGAAGAUGCAGAAGCAGGGAGUGUUUUAUGUUCAGAAGCAGUGCUCUAACCUGCUGGACGAGCUGCAGCUCACAGACGAUGUGGAGCCUCACGUGUCCUGGAUGAGCGACGCACUCGGAAAGUUACCAGAUGCAGUGAAUUUCUGGCUUGGAGAAGCGAGCGCCGUAACGUCCAUGCACAAAGAUCACUAUGAGAAUCUGUACUGUGUGAUUUCUGGAGAGAAAAACUUCAUCCUGCUGCCGCCCACAGACCGACCCUUCAUCCCCUAUGGAAUGUACCAGCCGGCUGUUUACCAUCAGCAGGACGACGGAGAGUUUGAGGUCGUCGAUCAGAGCGACUCUGAGAAGGUCCCGUGGAUCCCUCUGGACCCUCUAGACCCCGACUUGGACCGGUUCCCUCAGUACAGAAAAGCACAACCCGUCCGCUGCAGUGUGAAGGCCGGAGAGAUGCUGUACCUGCCGUCCCUCUGGUUCCACCACGUCCAGCAGUCCCACGGCUGCAUCGCAGUGAACUUCUGGUAUGACAUGGAGUACGACAUCAAGUACAAUUACUUCCAGCUGCUGGAGACGCUGUCCGAGGGGUCAACGUCACGUCCUGAAGAAGCUACUGUAAAAUAAUCUGUUUAAAACUAUGCAGAGGUCUUUUUGAGAUUUAAACAUGUAAAUGAUAUUAAAAAUAAAUCCAGCCUAAUGUUCAUAAAUCCACUGAGAAAUCAUUUAGAAAGACUGCCUAACUUAUUGGAUAUUAUUCAUGUUUUAAAGUUUGAAAUAGUACUACUUCCGGUUUAAAGCCACAUUUCAUUAAGCCAAUCUCUUGCCAGUUGUUAUUCAAACUUAGCAACAUAAGGAAUUACAUAUUGGGCUGUUUGACUUAAUGUAAACAAAGGUAAAACAGCCAACUCUGAAUCCACGGAGUACUUUAUGUUGAUUUCCCCCAAAGCAUCAUGGGAACUGUAGUUCAAAACUCAGAGCAUGAUGAUCCACCUCAUUGAAGUAAGAAAUAAUAAAAUGGAAAUUCAG